AUGUUAUCACUAGAUGUCACUACGGUUUCAAGCGCCAUCUACGGAACCAAUCGCAACCCGGAUUUCAGCCCAGUUCGAGAUAUUAGUUUCGUCGCGGCGUUGACAUCCCCUUAUACCUUGCAGUGGAUGGUUAUCUCGGCCGAGGCUUUGCUCACGCGCUACAGAGGCGGGCCCGAACCACUGUCUCUCUUUCGUCGAAAGGCCACUGCGUACCUCUCGCUCAAAAAAUACCUCGAAAACUUUACCAAAGAAAAGGUAAACGAUGGAUUCGUCAAUGGCCUCAUUAUGGCUAUUAUUGCAGAGUCGCGGAUGGCAGGCCCCGAGGCCUCGAAUGUACACCUCAGGGCAUAUGAAGCUGUCCUCAAGACGGGGGGCGGCCUGAGGAAAGUGAUCGCUGCUUCCUCGAGACCAUUCGACCAGAUGAGCAAUUUUAUGCCCUAUCUAAUAUGUCCGCCCCUGCCCGCUGCUAUGGUCUUCUCCGAAGAGUUCGAAGACCAAGCGAUGGGUCUCCUCCAGACCAUUGUAAAAGGGGAGAAUUUGGUCGAUCCUGUCGACUUGAUCUUCAAAGCAUCACACGUAAUCGCACGACCCCAAGUCUUGUUCUUCUCCUUACAAGGAUCUCUACCGAAGCAGAUCCGCCGUCUACUAGUGUACAGCGUGAUUGCACCGUACCUGCGGCUUGACAACUGGGAACAGCGCCAAUACGCCCAGAAAUCGGCCCACUUCAUUUCUCUCUUUCUGCUGGUAUCGACGUUUUGGGGCCAGCGGCUUGAUGAAAAAUCCCAGAUGGCAUUUAUUAGCGGCUUGUACCGUGUGUUUAUGAACAGCGCCACUCCAACCAAGACGGGUCUCCGCUUGCUGACCAUUGAUGGAUUCUUUUGGGUUGUGGUCAAGGCGUGCUUUGACGUGCAAACCAAUACGAGUGAUAGGCAGGUGGCGUUGAAGAACUACAUCAAUUUUCUGGCCGAUGCUAUCUCUGCCAUGAAGCUUUUCAGGGUCAGUUGUGACGCUGUCAGGAAAAAGAUGACCGAUUACCUCUACCAGUGCCUUACGGAGGAGAAUGGGUCGCCAGGCUGA